AUGGCCUGGACCCCUUUCCUGCUCCCCGUCCUCACUCUCUGCACAGGUUCUGUGUUCGCCUAUGAACUGACACAGCCACCCUCGGUGUCUGUGUCCCUUGGACAGACGGCCAAGAUCACCUGCUCUGGAGAUGCAGUGGAUAAAAGAUACUCUCACUGGUACCAGCAGAAGGCAGGCCAGACCCCUGUGCUGGUUAUAUACAAAGACAGUGAGAGACCCUCAGGGAUCCCUGACCGAUUCUCUGGGUCCAGCUCGGGGAAGACAGUCACGCUGACCAUCAGUGGGGCUCAGGCUGAGGAUGAGGCUGACUACUACUGUCAGUCAUCAGACAGCAGUGGUCACGUUGUGUUCGGCAGAGGCACCCAGCUGACUGUCCUCGGUCAGCCCAAGGCCGCCCCCUCGGUCACUCUCUUCCCGCCCUCCUCUGAGGAGCUCAAAGACAACAAGGCCACACUGGUGUGUCUGAUGAGUGACUUCUACCCGGGCGCCGUGACGGUGGCCUGGAAGGCAGACGGCACACCCGUCACCCAGGGCGUGGAGACCACCAAGCCCUCCAAACAGAGCAACAACAAGUACGGGGCCAGCAGCUUCCUGACCCUGUCGCCCCAGCAGUGGAAUUCCCACAAAAGCUACAGCUGCCAGGUCACGCACGAAGGGAGCACCGUCGAGAAGACGGUGGCCCCUGCAGAGUGUUCUUAG